CAGCCAGUCACAGCACAGUCAGCAGCAGUCCGGUCCGUCUGUCAUUCAGUCGGUCAUCCGAUGACGUACUGUAAGAACGUCUGAUUUGGUAGCCGGCGCGAGUUACGAGCAAUUUUCUUCAAACUUCAAAUCGCGUUUAUUCAAUUACAAAUUAUUAUCUUACGAGCGCCCGGAUGCGCAAGAGUACGAGGCGAAUGCUCGCACACGGCCGGACACAGUGAAUCAAACAUUAUUCAGUUAAAAAAGUUCCCAAUCUCAUACACUCUGUAAAUUGUGAGUGCAUUCGCAACGUUUGUUUUGAUUAAAAUCCAACCCCGUUCUCUGUGUUGAUUCGAGAGUAUUUCAGCGAUAAAGAUGAAAAUGCAGAAUUCAAAGGAGGAGACUUCGGACGACGAAGCUGGAUUGGGGUACCAGAACACAUUGAUGUAUGGUCGUUACCAGCGCGAUUUAAGCGAGGCGGCCAGAGAGGAAGCCAGGCGACUGCGCAGACUCCGCAAGAAGAGGCGGAAAGACGACAAGCUAAGGCAGAAGGAGCUCGAGUCUACGGGCAAGCAUAGACCCAGGGGGAAGUUCUUCAAGAUUCUAGGUUACGUAUGGCGGCACACGUUCGCGAGGCUGGGCGAGGACUGGGUGUUCCUGGCGCUCCUGGGCAUCAUCAUGGCCGUGCUCAACUUCGCCAUGGACAGGGGCAUCGCUAUAUGCAAUAAUGCUCGCAUGUGGAUGUACAAGGAUCUGGCGACUUCAACCUUCAGCCAGUACAUCGCGUGGGUCUCGUUGCCCGUGUGUCUGAUACUAUUCGCGGCUGGCUUCGUGCACAUUGUCGCAGCACAGAGUAUAGGGUCUGGUAUACCUGAAAUGAAGACUAUACUUCGAGGGGUGCAUUUGAAAGAGUACUUGACGUACCGGGCGCUCAUAUCCAAGGUUAUCGGCCUGACCGCCACGCUGGGCUCUGGUCUGCCACUGGGUAAAGAGGGUCCAUCAGUCCACAUCGCUUCCAUGGUAGCCUCCCUGCUCUCGAAGUUGGUGACGACGUUCCAAGGCAUCUACGGCAACGAGUCGCGCACCAGCGACAUGCUGGCGGCCGCCUGCGCCGUCGGCGUCGCCUCGUGCUUCGCAGCGCCCGUCGGCGGCGUGCUGUUUUCAAUUGAAGUAACGACUACUUACUUCGCCGUGAGGAAUUAUUGGAGAGGGUUCUUCGCCGCCUGCUGCAGCGCUAUUAUGUUCCGCCUUCUCUCCGUAUGGUCGGGUGCGAUGCCCACAGUGAAGCCGCUGUUCCCCACGCACCUGCCUCAGGACUUCCCCUUCGACCCUCAAGAGUUUGCCGUCUUCGUACUACUAGGUGUGGUGAGCGGCCUACUAGCAGCGUUGUGGGUGUGGUUACAUCGUCAAUACGUAUUGUUCAUGAGAAACACUAAAACGCUCAGCAACUUCCUACAGAAAAACCGGUUCAUCUACCCCGGGUUCAUGACGCUGGCCGUCAUGUCGAUAUUGUUCCCGCCCGGCAUCGGCAAGUAUAUGGCCGCGGACCUCGGCAACCAGGAACAGGUGUUAUCCCUAUUCUCUAACUUCACGUGGGGCGACGAGUUAUCGGCCGAUCAAGCGGCCGUAGUGGCUCACUGGCAGGCCCCGGGACUAGACUACUUCGGAUGCCUGUUCAUAUACUUCUGUUCUAUCUUCUUCCUGAGCAUGGUGUCUUGCACGCUGCCAGUGCCGGCUGGCAUAUUCGUGCCAGCGUUCAAGAUGGGCGCCUCGCUGGGCAGACUGGCGGGGGAGCUGAUGCACUACUGCUGCCCCCUGGGCGUCGCUUACGGCGGACAAAUACAGAAGAUAUUGCCAGGUGGAUACGCGACCGUAGGCGCAGCUGCUUUCACGGGUGCCGUGACGCACACCGUAUCCACUAUCGUCAUCGUGAGCGAGAUGACGGGACAGGUGACCCACAUCCUUCCAAUAAUGGCGGCAGUGUUGGCAGCCAACGCAGUAGCUUCUCUACUGCAGCCGUCCUGCUUCGACAGCAUAAUCCUCAUCAAGAAACUGCCAUACCUGCCCGACCUGCUGUCUUCUGCCAGUCGCAUGUAUGAUAUCUGCGUCGAGGACUUCAUGGUACGCGACGUGAAGUAUAUAUGGGACCGCAUGACCUUCCAGCAACUGAAAGACAUGCUUAAAGAGAAUAAGACAAUCAAGAGCUUCCCACUAGUGGACAGUCCAUCGUCGAUGGUGCUGCUGGGCUCAAUUCAUCGCUGGGAACUGGUCAAGGUCAUAGAGAGACAAGUCGGCCGGGAAAGGAGACUGCAGGUGGCAGCACUGUGGCACCGUGAAGCAGAGUUACGCAGAAGAGACGAAGAAGCCCGACGCAGCAGAGUGCGCAGACCUUCCCGGUUCGAGGUAACACCAGCACCGGAUAUGCUGCAGCCUCCGACGAAUCUCACGCGCGGAUCUUCGCUCACCAACAAUCACCACGCUGGACUGUUGCCAGCGCCAGGCCAGUUGUUCCGUCCGAAGUCGAUUCUGAAGAAGACCAACUCGUUCACUUUAAGUCGCAGUCCCACAUCCGCGCCCCUGUCGCCCUCGUCUCCCCAACCAUCCGUCUACACCACCGUUACUGGGGCCGAAACCAGGAUUCGCGCAGCGUUCGAAGCUAUCUUCAAGCGAUCGUCGCUGCUGCAGGACGUCGAGGGGGGGCUGGGGGAGCCCCUCCCCCGCACACCCUCUAUCUACAAGAAAGUUCAGUUGCCUCGCGAGCGAGUUUGCGAUAUGUCGCCUGAGGACCAGAAGGCGUGGGAGACCCUCGAGAUGUCGAAAGAGAUCGACUUUGAUAGAAUGCUGCAGAUCGCCAGAAAGAGAGACAUGCAUCCCGACGAGAUGGAUAUGGAAGACGACAGCCAUUACACUUGCCACAUAGACCCCGCGCCAUUCCAGCUAGUAGAACGCACAUCGUUACUGAAGGUGCACUCUUUGUUUUCGACUCUCGGUGUGAGCAGAGCUUACGUGACUGCCAUAGGACGACUGAUAGGUGUCGUGGCUCUGAAAGAGCUCCGUAAAGCGAUAGAGGACGUGAACUCUGGAGCCCUGACGGUGGCCACGCGGCCCGCGCCCCCCGCCCCGCGCCGCGCCCCCUCCCCGCCGCCCCCCUCGCCGCCCCCCUCGCCGCCCCCCUCACCCAGAGCCCCCGCGCCCCCCUCCGACAGCGAGACUGCCACGCUGACCAAGCACGCGGACCCUUGAACUGACAGGUAAAUGGCGUAUCCCAGCCGCUCUGGAUAACUUCUUACAUCGAACAGCCGUUACAAACCAUAGACAAAAUCCAUAAUUAUAAAUGACAUAAACGUGAAAUCGUCUUUUGUCUAUGUUUAGAUGGAUUUAGUACUUUUGAGAUAUUCUAAGACAAUUAUUAGGACAGUCUGUCUCUUUUCUUCUGUAACUUUGUACUACUGGGGAAAGAGUGGAUGUGAUUAUGCAAAUUAUAUCCAACCAAUUUUUUUUUAAAUAAAUGAUUUGACUUUUGAAAUGUUUAAGGAACCAUGUAAGUUAUUUGAGAAGUAAAAAAAAAUGAGAGCUGACCCUAAUUGUAACAUAGUUCAAUAAUCAGGUUCAAGCAGGCAAUGUAAGGGUGAUGUGAUUUACAAUUAUAAAAUUGUUACUCAUUCUCAAGAUAAGGUAAUCAUGUUUAUUUAAUCUAUCUAUAUUCUAUGAAAUAGAUCCUAAUAUGACGAGUAAUUAAAAAGUGAAAUAUAAUCAAUCCAAAUGACAUUUGUGACAAAAAAAACAUAUGACCAUGUAGCGAGGUUUUUUAAAUGAGGCGUAAAUUCAUUGUAUUAGUUAAUAUUUAGCCAAGGCACAAACAAGCAAUCUGUUUGUAAUAUUAAACAUGAUUGUAUUUUCAUCAGUAUUAAAAUUGGUUUUAUCGCGGAUAAUACCAUUUCUCAUUAAUUACUUUCUUUGGAGUUUAAUGAAUUAACUAAUUUUUAAUGCAAACCAAAGAUAUGGAUUGCGUGUAGUUUGCAUAAACACUUUCAAAUAUCAAUAAGUUACAAUGACUAUAAUUAAAACAUGCCUAAGCAGUUUAUUUUAGGAUCGAAAUUUGAACGAGGCCUUGAAAAUACGAACUAUUUUAAUGUUUAUUGUGUUUGCCAAUAAAAGGCAAAAGAAAAUCUGCAUUGUUCUAAUGAAUGUAGUCCAAAGUUUUCAUAAUUAUAACAAAUUAAAUCACAAAUCAUCGCUUUAGUGUAGGAAGUCCAAAAACUAAACUCAAUGAUUGAUAUAGAGUCAAAGAAUUGCGCAGGCACAUAUUUUUCACUGCGACUGACUUCUUGCAGUAAACCGAUAUUUAUUAAGAUUAUUAUUUAUAAACAAAGACAUGGAAUAUGAACUGAACAUCCCCAGUUCAACUGUUAAAUGAAGCUGAGCAGAUAAAUGUGAGAGAGAUGAAGCUAUUGCUGUCUCUCUCACUCGAACGUCGUCCAGUCUCUCACAACAAGAACUAAAGCAUACAAUUAAUGAUUUGACAUUUUGAGCGUACCCGCCCAUAGAUAAUGAAUUAAAGGGGCCAUUCACGUCGAAACAGUCGAUACGGUUCGAUAAGUAUUUCAACGGACCGGCGACAUGACCUUGGUCGUUCAGUCCGCUCUACGACCAAUCCAUUCACGAUCGACCUUGUCGCAUACGACCGGAGUCCGUACUACCGUUGUCUGUACGACGGUCUUAGCGACCAGUGUCUGUACGAUGGUCCUAGCGACUGGAGUCUGUACGACGGUCUUAGCGACCAGUGUCUGUACGACGGUCCUUGCGACUGGAGUCUGUACGACGGUCCUGGCGACCAGUGUCUGUACGACGGUCCUUGCGACCAGUGUCUGUACGACGGUCCUAGCGACCAGUGUCUGUACGACGGUCCUAGCGACCAGUGUCUGUACGAUGGUCCUAGCGACUGGAGUCUGUACGACGGUCUUAGCGACCAGUGUCUGUACGACGGUCCUUGCGACUGGAGUCUGUACGACGGUCCUGGCGACCAGUGUCUGUACGACGGUCCUUGCGACCAGUGUCUGUACGACGGUCCUAGCGACCAGUGUCUGUACGACGGUCCUAGCGACCAGUGUCUGUACGAUGGUCCUAGCGACUGGAGUCUGUACGACGGUCUUAGCGACCAGUGUCUGUACGACGGUCCUUGCGACUGGAGUCUGUACGACGGUCCUGGCGACCAGUGUCUGUACGACGGUCCUUGCGACCAGUGUCUGUACGACGGUCCUAGCGACCAGUGUCUGUACGACGGUCCUAGCGACCAGUGUCUGUACGACGGCUCGCAACAGUUGUAACGUGUAUGGCCCUUCUUAACGUUUGGUAUCGUAAAGAUAACCAAGGUAUCCAGUGUGACAUUUGUGUAAUGGUAGGCACACUGUUCUAAGCAAACUUCAAUCAACAAUUGUAUAGAUAACGGGUCAGCGCGUAAAAUCCACCUCGGUAAAUAUAGCCACACUUGAGGCGUGAGAUGUUAUUUUAAAUUAGUUUGGUUAAUACAAAACGAAGUAACUAGUUGACCAAUGACUGGUAAAAAUAUUUUAUUUUGUGGGUCAUAAGGUUGAUUUCACAUUUUCGUUUUUUCCAAGUAUCAGAUAUAAUUUAUAAAAAGAACAAGAGUUCGUUUUAUAUGAUAAAAGGUCGUAUGUGCGAAAAUAACAUUUUAUAAUUUGUAACCUUAUUCCUUUAUGAGAUAGUUGUUAUUAGGUUUAACUUAAACUGUUUUAAAACACUUAUCUUUGUUCAUUAAGGAUCGAAUGUAUCUGCAUAAGUUUAAACAUACGCGGACAGUUUUUAGCUUUGAUUUUGUAUAGAGCCCAUUAUCUAUAUAAUUGUUGAUCGAAGAUGGCAAUAUACAUUUGUGCCAUUUUUGGUCUGUAUGUGAAAAUAUGAGUUGAACUAUAUCCCACUUAUUAUUAAAUAAGGAAUAAGCUUGGACUAGUUACGCCGUGUUUCGUUCAUUUCACUCAAAUGCCAUUUGUUCUUCAAUAAACAGAGAUAAAACAUGGAGCAACUAAUCCAAGCGUAGUCUUAAACUCUUUCUAUGCUUUAGUUUUUGUCUCGAGUUCAGUCUAUUCUGUAUAUCUAUGUUUAUAAAGCAUAAUUUUGUUGUAUAAAAAUAAUAGACAAUAAAUGUGUUCCAAUUUCAUUUUAAGAACUGACUCUGAAAUUGUUUGAUGUUUUGUAUGUAAAUCGUUGCAUAAUCGAAGCCAACCCAUUUUAUACUAACCUAAUUAUUUUAAUGCAGUAUUCUGUAAAAUGUUUACUUUUUCUAUGUUUUGAUUUUGAUUUUGUAGCAAUUAUUUAUCGAAUGUAUGAUGAGAAUGGUGCUUUCGUAGUUGUGUGUCACAAAUUGAUGUAUUUUAUGCCGCUUCCAUGAGUAUGAUACGGUAAUUCUUAUUUAUAUAUAAAAAUAAACUUUUCUCAAACAUGUUUGCAAAUGUGAGCAUUAUUUUGACAAUCUUCUUGGAGAUGAAGCAAAAUUGCUGGCCACAUACAUGCGAGCAGGGUCCGGCAAAGAUUGUAUGAAAACCCAUAUCUGUCGUGUUUAGCGGCCAAAUGAAUUUCAUAGUACAGUGCCACCAAUGUGCUUUGUAUUGACUGAAAUUAUGUUUAGUAUUUGUAUUUGAAUUUAAAUCGUUAUAGUAAUAUAAGUUAUUUACGGGAUUGUUACCAUGUACCUUGUUUUAAGCAAUAUUCCGAUAUUUCGGCACUGUAGCAAGCGCCAUCAUCCCGGAUUAACUGAAGUAAUUGCGGGUAGGCUGUUAUUGGCAGACAUUGGUCUACCCUCCGACGAAGUCUUUUAUUGCGUUCGAUACUCGUACCACUGUUCACAUUCUCACUAUUCAAUGGAAACUGUUCUCGACACACUUACAAUAUCAGAAUCCCGUAAAUAACUUAUAUUACUAUAUAAUGUUAGUGGCCAUGAAAGUUUAAAAUAAUUAAUUGAAAGCCACCGAUAGUGUUACAAACUCAUUUGGAGCUUUGUCCUACUUAAGAUUCUUUAUCGAUUGAGAUAAUAUAACUUUGUAUGUUCCUGCCCCCGUAGCCAUUAGCACUACAAUUUACAUUAUAUCGCGUUUUUUAUCGCGUCUAACUUUCAAACUCCAUAGUGAUUUGAAAAUAUGGCUGGCUGCACAACGCGACGGUUUGGUUUGGUUUACUGGGAAUAAGUAACGUACCAGUUUUGCUUUAUAAUUUAUUAUACUUUAAAUACCCAUAAUAAUUGUUAUUAAAGUAGGAAAAAUUCUAAAUAGAAAUUAUAAUAAAUUUAACGUUUCAUACUCCAAGCGGCGUUAUGUAACCGAGCAAUAGCAUACGUUGCUUGAUUUAAUUGCCUUAGAUUUUUGAUGAUUUGUUAUUUAUGGGGUGUUAUUGAAAUGUUAUUGUAUAAAUAUUGACUAAUAUUACAAUAACUUUUCAAUACAAAAUAAAAAUAUUGAAUGAUCAUGAUUUGUUGUGAAAUAUACAGCCGAAAUCAUUCGGUAUCCGAAAAUGUAUCCGUGCUAUCGCAUGUCCAAGUCCCUAGUCAUUGCGCCCCGUAAAUUUAACUAAAUUAUACAAGGCUUGUGAGAAUACAAAUCAUUCCAAAAGUUAUUAUUUUAGAUGUUAAGUAUAAAUCCUAAGCUCUUAAUUUAAGGUCACAAAUGGAGCUAGUUCAGUCCAACUAAUGAUUUUGUAGCAGAAUAUUGUGCCAUUGUUUGUGAGAAUAUCCGAAAGUGCCAUAUAUAUGGCGUGUAACUUUAAGAAGUUUCGACUAAAGGUUGUUAUUGAUACAUAUCUUGUGACUAUGUCCGUCCUGAAUGUACAGAGUUCAUGUUUUUCUGUGAAGCUGUAGUUAGUAGCGAUGUGUAUUUUAUUAUUGAUCUUCUAAAGAUCUUAUUGUUGUAUACGCUUUUGAAAAUUUGUAUUUAAUCGUUUGUAAUUAUUCGAUGACAUUGCCACACUGUCAUGCCAAAUUCGUAUAUUUUUCGGAUAUUUUUGGGAUAUCUUGAACGUAAAGGUCAUCCCUAUUUUAUGAGGUAAAUUAUAUUUAUAGUUUAACAAAAAAUACGUAUUAUUGACGUUGUGAUGAGUAAAUAAUACUUUUUCUGCUUCAAAUUCGGACUCGCUUCCUGUACUUCUGUGAUGUAUUUUGUACACUGUACUUUUUAGUUUUAAUUGUUCUAUGUAAAAAGACAGGAGUGUUGAUUUCUGGUCAGCUAAAUUAUUGUGUGAAUCGCUACUGUGGGUGAAGACUAAACUAUUUAUCUAAAGUGUAAAAAAUGAAAUCAAAUGAAAAUGUUAUAGGCCAUCUUAACAAAAGAAAAAAAAAGGUAAUCGUACAUGACAUACGUUUUUGUAGAACCGGCAUUUUGCGUUAUUUUUGUGAGAUUCAUACGUUCUUACUGCAAAAAAGGUAGACACGGUUUCAAACCUCGUUUAGGCAAAAUUUGUAUGUCAAUUUUUCUUAAGCACUUUAUGUGGUUAAUUUUCUAUUGCGUCCUACAAAAAAUGUGCGAAAACCGUACUAAAAGCAUUAAAAAGUAAUUUAAACCCUUCUAAAAUAUAUAAACAAUAUUAUAAUGCUAUUUUUAUUUUUCUAUACUUCGUAGUUAAAAUUGACUAAACAUUAGUUUACGUUGUAUCUAACGGAGGCAUUCAGAGAGGCCUAUUAUAUAACUUGUAACUUUGAUUAAAGUUUGUGCUGUUAUUAUUUUUGCGAAUGCAAUAGGAAUAUUGCAGCAUCAAAUUUAAUUGAAAUUUGUAGUUCCUAUCGUUUGCAGUAUUUAAAAAGUUUUCUCUACUAUAAUUUAUAAUAGGGUAUUUGCCUGCUGCACAAAUAAUUUUGAGGCUCGUUACUAAACGGUUAAUACCCGUUUAUUUAUAAUAGUUAAGUCUAUGUUAAAAUAACAAUAGUUUAGUCUUCACCUAAUUAAGUGUCAAGUGAGAAUUAUCGGUAAGCUUGCAUGCCUGUUAACGUUGACGCACACAUUAAGCAAAAAACUGUUCAUCACAGCCUCACUUAGAUAUUAUUUUUAUGAAAUUUUAAGACUUGAGAAAGGCUUGGAGCCUUUAUAAUUCGAGCAUAAUAUUGUUUACCAAUGAUUUGAAGAUAACAAUAUUUUGUGUCUAUGUAAUCUUUUAACGGUUUUGGUUUAUAACGCUUGUUUACAUUACCGUGACAUCACAAACCUAACGUAAAUAUGUGAUAACAUCACUUAAGAUAUCUAUUACCAAUGUCAUAUCAUACGACACGACAAAAAUUGUAAAGACUUGAAUUUUGAAAUGCAGUACUUUUAACACAAUAAUACUUAUUUGAUAUGAAUAUCAUCAAUAGUAAAAACAUAUAUCGUAUAUAUGUUACGGCUAAUAGCCGAAGUACGGCUACACCUAGUCUUAGCCGGCUAAAACUAGGAGCAGACCGCCACAUGCGGUUAAACUUAGGUGUAACUUAGGUGUCUUUUAUUUAUUCCAUGUAAUCGAAUCAAUCAGGAAACGCAAAAUUAGAAUCUCAAAACAACUGAACUGAAAACCUAGUUCUAGCCGAUAAUAAAUAGGAGGCACCUAAGUUUAACCACCAGUGUGCGGCUGUGCCUAGUUCUAGCCGCUAUAAUGAAGGCUAAACCUAGUUAUAACCGAAGAUAAGUAGGAUACACCUAAGUUUACCGCAUGUGGCGGGCUGCACCUAGUUGUAGCCGGCUAAAACUAGGUGUAGCCGCACUUCGGCUAUUAGCCGUAACAUAUACAAAUGGUAAAUAUGUUGAAAUUACUAUGAUUUCGGUUCAGUAAACAUAUCAUCUCUCAUUUGGUCAAUUUCCCGGAUUGCUGCAAUAAAUACAAUAAUUAAUUUGUAGCGGGGUGUGAUGAGGCCGUACCGAUCCGUUUUUGGACUGAUAAAUAAAUGAUAUAUCUAUCACGCAUAGUGUGCGUCAACCUUUAGUGUUAAGUGACAUCUACUAUACAAUAUAUUUAUGACGCGGUAUAUUUUUUGACGUUAGUUGUGCAUUUUAUUGUGAUCUGUUGCUUCUUUGAUAGUAAAUGAUGUGUUGUGACGUUUA